UGAGAUCGGUCUUCGUUGGUUCUUUCUCAUUGCUUGGGGUUUGUUUUAGUUUAGAAGGUCAAAUUUAUCCCAUUAUCCUUCAUGUUACAACAACAGGGUUUCCAUCAGCUUGGCCAAUCUAGUCGGUGUUCAUCAUAAUAGAUUUACAAGCAGCGAGUUUUGUGUUCUUUCUCAAACUUAUGGUGGCCACCGAUUUCUGUAGUUGGAACUCUGAUUUCUUUGUCUAAUGGGUAGUCUUGAAAUACCCAAAUGGCUCAAAGGGUUGCCUUACGCGCCGGAGUUUCGGCCGACUGAUACCGAAUUUUCCGACCCAAUUGCUUACAUAUCUAAAAUUGAAAAGGAAGCUAGUGCUUUUGGGAUUUGUAAGAUUAUCCCUCCAUUUCCUAAGCCUUCCAAGAAAUAUGUCGUUAGUAAUUUGAACAAGUCUCUUUUGAGGUCCACUGAGUUAAGUCGUGCCCUAAAUGGUGCAAAGGAGGGAGAUGUUCGGGCUGUUUUUACGACUAGGCAUCAGGAAUUGGGUCAGAGUGUUAAGAAAACGAAAGGGGUUGUUCAAAAUCCGCAGUCUGGAGUUCACAAACAAGUAUGGCAAAGUGGGGAGAUUUAUACAUUGGAGCAAUUUGAGUCUAAGUCGAAGGUUUUUGCUCGUAGUGUGUUAAGUGGGAUUAAGGAGCCGUCUCCUCUUGUCGUUGAAUCUUUGUUUUGGAAGGCUGCCAGUGAUAAACCCAUUUAUGUGGAGUAUGCAAAUGAUGUUCCGGGAUCUGCUUUUGGAGAACCUGAGGGUAAAUUUCGUUAUUUUCAUAGAAGGAGGAGGAAGAGGAACUUUUAUCACCGGAGUAAAGAACUGUCUUCUGAACCUAAGGGUGAGGAAAUGGAAACUUUGACGGAUUCCCUCUGUCGUGAUAGUGGAGGCAUUUCUAACAGGAAUGAUCUGAAUACAAGUUCAGAGAUGUUGAAGCCAUCUACUUCCACGGAGGAUGUUUCACACAAUUCGCGAGGAAAGAGUUCAGAUUCUUGUAUUAACAUGGAAGGGACGGCAGGUUGGAGGCUUUCAAAUAGCCCUUGGAACUUGCAAGUAAUUGCACGGUCUCCUGGAUCACUUACGCGUUAUAUGCCAGAUGACAUUCCGGGGGUUACUUCUCCAAUGGUUUACAUUGGCAUGUUGUUCAGUUGGUUUGCAUGGCAUGUUGAAGAUCAUGAGCUGCAUAGCAUGAAUUUUCUUCACGUAGGCUCUCCAAAAACUUGGUACUCCAUUCCUGGAGAUCAGGCAUUUGCUUUUGAGGAAGUAGUACGAACUCAGGCAUAUGGUGGCAGUGUCGACCACCUAGCUGCUCUUACAUUACUGGGUGAGAAGACUACGCUUCUAUCACCUGAGAUAGUGAUUGCAUCAGGUAUUCCUUGCUGCAGGUUAAUCCAGAACCCAGGAGAAUUUGUUGUCACCUUUCCAAGGGCCUAUCACGUUGGGUUCAGUCAUGGCUUUAACUGUGGGGAGGCUGCUAAUUUUGGAACUCCACAAUGGCUCAGUGUGGCCAAGGAUGCUGCAGUUCGCAGAGCUGCAAUGAAUUACCUUCCCAUGCUUUCUCAUCAGCAGCUCCUAUACCUUUUGACAAUGUCCUUUGUUUCAAGAGUACCUAGAUCAUUACUUCCAGGUGUCCGGAGUUCACGGCUUAGAGACCGGCAAAAGGAAGAGAGAGAAUUGAUGGUGAAGAAAGGGUUUGUUGAGGACAUUUUAAGAGAAAAUAAUAUGUUAUCAGUUCUUCUUGAAAAAGAAUCAAGUUGUCGAGCAGUGUUGUGGAAUCCAGACAUGCUUUCAUAUUCAAGUAAUUCUCAAGUGGCCAAUACAAAUUCUGCAGUUGCAACCUCACCCAGAGAAAAUGUUUCGUGCAGUCACAUGGAAAGUAUUGACGAUAAGGUCAAGAAUGUGCAGAAUUUCAUCGAUGAGAUGGCCCUGGAUUUAGAAACUAUGAAUGAUAUUUAUUUGGAAAGUGAUGAUUUGUCGUGUGACUUCCAAGUAGAUUCUGGGACACUGGCAUGUGUGGCAUGUGGUAUUCUCGGCUUUCCAUUUAUGUCUGUGGUGCAGCCGUCAGAGAAGACUUCAAAGGAACUUUAUGUUGAUCAUCUGGCUAUUCAUAAAAGGGGAGGAGUUUUUGGACCAAAGGAUGCUCACUGUUCUUCUGUACCAGAUGUUAAUUGUCUCUCAGAGAAUCUUUCAGUAGCAUCAGUUCCGAAGUUCGAGAAUGGCUGGAACGCGUUUAGUAAAUUUCUGAGACCUCGAAGUUUUUGCUUGCAGCAUGCUGUGGACAUAGUAGAGUUACUGCAGAAGAAAGGUGGAGCAAAUAUACUUGUUAUUUGCCAUUCAGAUUAUCAUAAAAUAAAGGCAAAUGCAGUGGCAAUAGCAGAGGAAAUUGGCAACAAUUUUGUUUACAACGAUGUGCGGUUGGAUAUUGCAUCUGAGGAGGAUCUGAGGUUAAUUGAUCUUGCAGUUGAUGAAGAUCGUGAUGAAUGUCGAGAAGAUUGGACCUCUAGAUUAGGAAUCAACUUGCGGCACUGUAUUAAAGUUAGAAAAAGCUCCCCAACAAAGCAAGUUCAGCAUGCAUUGGCAUUGGGUGGUUUGUUCCUUACCAGAGACCAUGGUUUCAAUCUCUCCGCCCUCAAUUGGCUAUCUAAAAGAUCACGCUCAAAGAAGCUGAAUCAUCUGCAGCACAGCAAACCAUUCCAGAGCAUGCCACUUAAGGAUGAAGUUGGGGGGGAAAAGUCUGAUUGCAGAUUAGUGAAAAGUGAAGAAAAGUUUUUCCAAUACUACAGAAGGAACAAGAAAUCGGGAAAUUCUACAGGUGUUGGUUCAGUUACACAGCCAGCUAGCAGUGGAGAUUCAAGUGACCUUUGUAAUGUUAGGAGUGUCAGAAGCAAUGCAGCAGAGUCGGUAAUUCCUGAUUCCAGUGGGACGAGCAGUCAGCAGGAUGUAGUGCUUCAAGACAAAAGUGAGCCAAACAAAAAAGCUGUACUGCCAAGUGAUACUGAUAAUGGUCCACUUGUCAAUGCCAUUGAUACAUCUUCUGAUAUGCAUCAAGAGCAAGACAUAGUUGAAAGUUGCAAUAAAACGAAUCAGGAACGUGAUAUUACUUCUGAGGGCCAGUCACAUGCCGGGGCUGAUAUGUGUUUGGAUGAAGUUAAUCUUGCUGAGUCCUCAGGUUUACAUAGUUCCAUCCAUCUUGAGAGGUCAAAAGUGAUGGGCAAUGAAGAUGUUCCUGAUUCCAGUGGGACGAGCAGUCAGCAGGAUGUAGUGCUUCAAGAAAAAAGUGAGCCAAACGAAAAAGCUGUACUGCCAAGUGAUACUGAUAAUGGUCCACUUGUCAAUGCCAUCGAUAUAUCUUCUGAUAUGCAUCAAGAGCAAGACAUAAUUGAAAGUUGCAAUAAAACAAAUCAGGAAUGUGAUAUUACUUCUGAGGGCCAGUCACAUGCCGGGGCUGAUGUGUGUUUGGAUGAAGUUAAUCUUGCUGAGUCCUCAGGUUUACGUAGUUCCAUCCAUCUUGAGAGUUCAAAAGUGAUGCGCAAUGAAGAUGUAAAGAGUUCGUGUGGUGAAGCUUGUGAUGGCACGGCUGGGGAUGGCAAUGUUGGAGAAGAAAUUGAGAUUGCCAACAGAAUAAAAUAUAAGAAGGAAGAUUCUUGUAGUUCUAUCCCAAUAAAGCUGCAGCAUUGUUCAGCUAUUCCAAUUCAUGGCCAAUUUAGUCAUUUAGACGAUAGAACAGGAAGAGAAAUGAAUUCUACAUCUAGAAGCAACGAGAGUGAACCCAAUUUAACUAAUACUGGAACACCAGAUGUUGCUACUUCUAACUCGAGGGACAGAACUCCUGAAAUUUCAAAGGUGGUUUGUGAAACCACGAAUUUAUGCAAUGCUGUUAGAUCAAAUGAGGCAGAAGUUGAAAUUCAAUCUGUUUCUGGUGUUGACUUGAUAGCUCAACAAUCAUCUUGUUUAGCAGAUGAAAAAUCUAUCGAAUAUCUUGGAAGCCAGGGAGAUAGAGAUGACUUUUCUGAUACUUCGUUAAUAAGCACCAGGGUUGAGAACACACCUACUGAACCUAGAACUCCAAUGGAUGAACCUGGUUCCAAUACUUGUGUACUAGGGGAAAGCUGUCCCAUGGAUAUUGAAGCUAGUGGAGAAGCCUGUGAUAGAGAAAACUUGACUGGUGAAAAGACUAGUGAUGAUGACAUUGAAUGUGCAAAUAUGAGUAUAAAUAGGCAUAUUGAGAAUCCUCCGAUUCAAUUGGAGACUGGUGAUGCUACUGAAAUUUGUUCAUCAAAGCACAAGUCUAGAUUAGAUGUGGUAAAGAAAAGGAAAAGAAAGAGAGAGGAGGAGCUUUUAAUCGAAAAUGAGUUCAGUUCCUUCGACUUUAUACGAAGUCCAUGUGAAGGGUUGAGGCCAAGAGUUGUGAAGAAUUUAACUAAUAGAAGUGGCACUGAUGUCAAUGUAGCUGUAGAGGAGAAACCAGAGAGAAAUAGAGUAAAAAAACGGUCUGACAGUGUUACUACAACGCCUAAGAAAGAAACUAAAAAAGGGUAUUACAAAUGUGACCUUGAAGGCUGCCGCAUGAGUUUUAAAACCAAGGCAGAACUAACCUUGCACAAACGCAACCAGUGCCCACAUGAAGGAUGUGGAAAAAGGUUCAGCUCCCACAAGUAUGCGAUGUUUCACCAGCGUGUGCACGAUGAUGACAGACCUCUGAAGUGCCCAUGGAAAGGUUGUUCGAUGUCAUUCAAGUGGGCAUGGGCUAGGACCGAGCAUAUUCGGGUGCACACAGGAGAGAGGCCAUACAAAUGCAAGGUAGAAGGUUGUGGUCUGUCUUUCAGGUUUGUGUCAGAUUAUAGUCGACAUAGACGAAAAACUGGGCACUAUGUUGAUCAACCCGCCUGAAUGUGCAGGCAGUUUGUUUCCUUGUGUAGUGAAGAAAGGGCUGAAGAAGCUCAAUGUAGUGUUGUACUUCUAAACUUAGGUUCUCUGAUAGUCAUGUUAGUGGUCAUAAACUUAUUUAUUCAGAGAUUUGUAUAGUUUGCUCAAGGUAACUGAUGAUAUCUCUGGCUGGAAUGGAAGCAAAACCAAAAGGUUGUUAUGGGGUUUGGUAUACAUAUACCAUGGAAAGGUUCUAUCAUCCUUUAGAAAAGGAUUAAAUCUCCCUUUUUGUUGCAAAUGUGGAGAGAAUUUGUAUCUUGUAAAGAGAGAGAUUGGAGGAUGCUGGAAGACUUCCAUCUUGAAAAGCAUACUUGGAUAUGUUCCAAGUCAUGUUACUUCCAAAAUUUCCCAAAACCUUCCUUUUAUUCUCAAGCUCUCCAUGUACAAAUUUUGCAAGUAAAUAGAAAAUUAGCGAUCACUAGGUGUUAGGUUGCAUGCA